AUGAAGGAUAGCGCCGCGACGGUGGUGCCGCGGCUGGUGGCGCCGCGCGGCGGCCGCGCCCACGAGAUCGAGAUGUUCUCGCACUAUGUUGCUAAGCAAAUAGGGUUCGACGAUCCGAACGAGUGCCCCCACCUUUGUACAAUGGCCUGCGAUUAUCUAAAGAAGAGCAAGGGCUAUGAACAGAAUCUACUUGCGUUCUUCCAUAACAACAUGAAUCCCGACGCCAUGCUCGUCAAGUUGAUCGAGGAGCUAGACAGAUGCAUACUCAGCUACUUCUCCUUCCACUGGCAUUGUGCAGCUCAUGUAAUCACGCAGGUUCUAACAGCAGAGCAACCUAGAAGAAAGCUCAGGAGCAUGGUAUUGGAGGCCACAAGGAAGAUGAGGUUCGAGAGGGUGACGAGAGAGCUGAAGGUGACUCGGCUCUUCUCGACCCUGAUGGAGGAGCUGAAGGUGAUCGGGAUAAGCUCCCCCGACAACAAGCCGCGCUGCCCGACCACCGAGGUGAUGGUCCCGGCGGCACACAGCGUCCGCAGCCCUGUGCUGCUCCUGAUGGGCGGCGGCAUGGGCGCCGGCAAGAGCACCGUGCUCAAACAGAUCAUGAAGGAGGUGUUCUGGUCCGGCGCGGCGGCGAACGCGGUGGUGGUGGAGGCCGACGCGUUCAAGGAGUCGGACGUGAUCUACCAGGCAAUCACCUCCCGCGGCCACCACGACGACAUGCUGCAGACCGCCGAGCUGGUGCACCAGUCGUCGACGGACGCGGCGGCGUCGCUGCUGGUGACGGCCCUGAACGAGGGACGGGACGUGAUCAUGGACGGCACGCUCUCGUGGGAGCCGUUCGUGCUGCAGACGAUCGCCAUGGCGCGGUCCGUGCACCGGCAGCGGUACCGCAUGGGGGUCGGCUACAAGGUCGCCGCCGACGGGACGACCACCGAGCAGUACUGGGAGCCCGUCGAGGAGCAGAGCGCAACCGGGCCCUUCUGCAGGGCGGCCACGAAACCCUACCGCAUCGAGCUCGUCGGCAUCAUCUGCGACGCCUACCUCGCUGUCAUCAGAGGGAUCAGGCGAGCUAUCAUAUCCGGGAGGGCCGUGCGGGUGAACUCGCAGCUCAAGUCCCACAAACGGUUCGCCGGCGCCUUCAGGAAGUACUGUGACCUCGUCGACAACGCCAGGCUCUACAGCACCAAUACCAUCGACGGGACAAAGUUGAUAGGUUGGAAGGACGGGGACAGCAGGUUGCUGGUAGACAUGCAGGAAAUCGGGCUGCUGGACCGGGUUAGCAAGAUCAACGAGGAAGCCGACUGCGUGCACGAGCUGUACCCGGACGGGCACCCCACCGGCGGCGCGGGGUCGGUCUGGGAGGAGCUGGUGGCGUCGCCGGUGCGGGCGUCCAUACAGCGGGAGCUCAAGACGGCCAUCCUCGAGAGCGAGGCAUGCUUCCCGUCCCCGUAG